AUGGAGAAUAAUAAUAUAAACUACGAUUCAAAAUCACCAAAAGUGUUUUGUAUAAAAGUUGCAAAAUUUAUGAUUUAUAAGAAAACUCCAUUGACUACGAUAGAAAUUGUAAGAUUGUUGGGUUGGAUUAUCAAAAAUAUUUUUCCAAUUGCUGUCUUGACAAGUUCAGUCACUUCUGUCUCCACAGAGAUGACCAGAACUAGUAAAAUAGUUUCAAAGUUAAUGUCUAUCAACGAGACUCAUCCUCAAGUAAAAUAUGAAAUGGAACAGUUUCUGAUAGAAUUAUUGCAUCGAAAUGUGGACUUCACAGCUUGUGGGUUAUUUUCAAUUGAUGGUAGUCUUUUAACAUCAAUUAUCAGCACUACAAUCACAUAUUUGAUCAUUUUUUUGCAAUUCAAACGUUCAAAUCGAGGAAUAAGCAAGAAAAAUCAAACAAAUAUUUACUCAAUUGAAGGAAUGUUCAAUACAACAGAAUUUUAUACAUUCAAUUUCACGAAUUUAUACAAUAAUACGAUAAUAAACUAG